AGGUUUCCAUGGUGUAAGCAAUAUGGCGGCAUCAAGCAAGGUGUUUCAAGUUGCUCUUUACGGACUUAUAAAUGAAGUCAACUUUAUAAAAGCUAAAUCAUGUGUUGAAGUAAUUACUUACGUUUCUAAUUAAGUAUUUAACAAAUAAUACAUAAUUAUCACUCAUUCUAUUUGUCGGUGGCAACGAGAAUAGGACAAGUCCAUUAUCAUUCGAAAUCAGCACAACUUAAACUUUUAAAUUUAAACGGUACAAGUACCAUGCAUGGCGAUACAAUUUUUACAAUCAUACAAGGUAGGGUAAAGCCUGAAGUUGCGCCUAAAGUAGGGUGACCAAAUCAUGAACUGGAAAAAGUGGGACACACCCAAGGAGGGUUUGGGGGGAUACCCUCCAGUUAAAGAGGGGGGGGGGCCCUCCACCAGAAACUGUUUAUAAAGUUUCUUGAAAUCUUUUUAAAUUUAUCUUCACUUUUGUAAUUUAAUUUAAACUCUGGGGUAUAUCAUAAACAAAACUAUAAUUUUGCAGUGAAUACUUAUUUAUUUAUACAUAUUAUACAACAUAAUACAACACAACAAAUUAAAUUUCUCUAGUCUAGAAUUUAAAUUGAGGAUAUUUUGACGAGUCCCAGCCACUGUUAAAACCUCCUUCUUAUCUAAUAUAAAGUUGUAAAAACUAGAACAGUCCAUUUUGAAAUUUUAGAGAACUUGCAGAGUUGCAGAAAGAGUCUCCACUCUCAUAUUGUUUUGCUAUGCAUAUAUGAUCUAUGGCAGGCACAUGAUCGAUUACGCAGCAUCGGCAGAGUGGUGCAGGGGGAACAGUGCAGCCAUCAUGCCAGCCCACAUCACAACUGGCACUGGCUACACAGCUAGCCAAAAUAUUACUUGAAGUUAUAUUAUAAAUUAGGAAGUUUUAGUGAUUUGAAAAUGUUUUUGGUUUUUGAAACAGGACAUUUUGGCGUCCCGAGAGACUUUUUCGGGACACCGGGUACAAUCAUGAAAAAACAGGACAAUCCCAUUUGUACAGGACAUUUGGUCACCCUAGCCUUAAGUGAAGAAAGACUAGGAAAAAGUUGCUUAGAAGCCUUCGAUAGCAAAAUAAAUUGUUAGCAGAAGGGUCCACAUUUUGGUAUUGUCUUUCUUCAGGUUUUCCCUACCUUUUGUAUAUUUCUAAUUCAAACUUAUUGCUUCAACCUAGGCCUAAAUAAAGUGCCUAAAGGCAGCCCUCCCAAUCAUACAUUAGAUACUUUUAGUCCAACUGCUUACUGUCUCUUAGUUACUCACUCACUGUCUUUUAUUUUUAUUACGGUACUUUUUAUUAUAGUUUCAAAUUCAGAUCGACGACUAAGUGACUAGACUUGAUUUUUUAAAUUUAACUUACUUUUGUUCAAUUAUUUAUCAGAACACAUUCAGCAUUAUGGCUUCAUUGUUUAUUUAAUUUGAUUUUUUUAAAAAUAAUUAUAAUAAUGCCAAUAGCGAGUAAUAGUAUAGAUAUGAUUGUAAAGCGCUUAGAGCUUCAUGAUAAGCGCUAUAUAAAAAUGCCUAAAUAAAUAAAUAUGAACCAAAAUUUCUCUCUUCACUCAGUAGCCUUAACUAGGGAUAUUAAAAAUAUUAAACCGAUAAUCAGAUUUGAAACCGAUUUACGUGAUUAUACCUUGCUUUGACAAAAUUAUAUUAUCUGAUUAACCCAAACCUCUAAUGUCAUCUACCCAAAUUCUCACUUGCUACUGCCCAUAUAACUACCAUUUGUCUUUCAUUUUACUUCAUUGCUCAGGGUGCCUAGCAACUUAACUUUAACUCCCACAAAAUACAACAGUUAAAAUUUACUACUGUUAUCACAAGGACAUCCCCCUUCUAUUUUAAGGAAUCCUAUUGAUUUUCUUUUCUUUUUCUACUGAAAUAGUACAUAAGGAAACAGCAUCAGCAAACCAUCAAGCUUUGUACUUAGCUCUUUAUGCCUCCCAAAAGCAUCCCUCCUAAGCCUGGUAUCGGGCAGUGAAGUGGCACAUUUGAGAUAUCCCAUUGCCAAGACAGCCCUUGACAGCACCUGCUGGAUCAUGUACCAACGGAGGCCACCCCAGCCCAGGGACAUCCGGUCAGUCAGUGACGCUGCUCUCACAGCAUCAGCAGUCGACUUUCUUAUGAGUCGGGAUGGUAUAUUUACAUCCUAAAAUCUUCCCCCUCCCAUCCCGUGGAAGCGUCAGACACCCUCUAAUAUGGAUUUCCAAAGUGGGUUUCUACCUUGCAACUAAUUAACAAAGCAGCUGGGAUGAAAUGCUUGCCUAUGAACAGUUUGCUCAAGUGCUUUGUAAAUAGAAUCAUCGACAUGAGGUUGCCACUACCCAACCCAUGUCUCAUAUUCAUUAACGGCAACAUGUAAUUAUGUUCCCUACCCUGUUUCUGCCUUAAAUUCCAACUGAAGAUUUUCCACAGUUGGUAGCUCUGUAGAUGCUACAAUUUUCAACACAUACCAAGCAUGUCCCUCAUCUGCCAAAGCAGGCACACACAAUGGUGGCUUUGAUCCUCGGGUAACACCUGGGUAUCAGUGGCAGUGCCUCUUUAGUCAGCAAGCCACUACAGACUUGCAAACCAGAGCCCAGUAGGCAUUUUUCUUCUAAGUUACAAGAUUAGAUAUAAGUGUAGUAUUGCUUUUCAAGCUCAUUCAUAAUUUACAGAAAGCUUAGAAUAAAGACGAUAAAACUAUUGAACAGAUUAAUUUAGACUCUAUUGAAAUUAAUGCAGUAAGUGGUAUUUAGAACAUUAUCCUAUUGUCAAAUAUAAAUUUGAAUUGGACUGUAAAAUUUCAUCUAUAAUAAAUAUCAUCUGUGUGUGAUGAUGACAAUGGCAAUAAACUUGAGAAAAUGUACCACUAUUGAGCUUUAGAUAUUAAAAUUGAAAAAUUAUUGCUCAACCUUUAAGUACUUAAGCAGUGUAAUCAAGAUCAGUCCUAAUUUGCCAGUGAAAACUUCAUACUUGCCAAGUUAUACAGUUUACCUGUGUAGUUUUUAAACUUUUGCUGAGGUGUACCGCACUACAGGCUUUUGUACAGUUUUUCAGUGGAUUUAAAAAUUAGAUAUUUUUGCGCAAGAUACUCAUUCAAAACUGGUGGUACAAUAUAUUCAAUGUUGAACAACAAGAAGCUUAGUUCUUAUUAUUCCAUUUAAAACUACCAUCUCAAUUUAGAAACAGUACAGUUUCAUUGAUACCAUUCAUUAAUACUAAGACAGCAGACAGUUUAGUAUGUUAGUUAAUACUUUGAGUAAUAAAUGAUAAAUAAAAAUCCGUUUGUGUCAUUUUUAAAAAGAACUGCAGUGUUAAUAAGUGUUUUUAAAUUUCUAUUAGAUAAUUAAAAGAUAGUAAUAUUACUAUCAAUCAAUGAAUGACUAGCAUAAUUCAUUAUUCCUAUUUAUUAAAACAGCAUGGCUUAAUUUAAUGUCUUACACUUCCUAACACUAAUAACCUAAUUUAAAUACAGCAAUCUCUGUCACUACAGUUAGCAUAAUUAUACGUAUUAUUAUCUAUCUUCAUCUAAAUCACUAUCAAAUUCACAAUCUGAGUCCAUGUUUAAUACAAUUUCUAUUGACCAGUUUAAAAAACGAAAGUAUUCAGACUUAAAACUAAGCUAUUUUUAGUUAAAAGAUGUGAUGUGCCCAUAUUUUAUGAAUAAUAUAAAGAUGUUUAAAUGUGUGCGCAGCAAAGGAUAGAUUGUUUUAUAUUUUAUUUAUUGAUGCAUCAGACCUGUUUACUCUUAUGAUUUUGGCCGUCAAUGUAAGAUUCUGAGGUGUAUACAUGUUUAUUUUUUUAGUAUUAAGAUAGUGUAUUGAAUGGUUUUAUGAUGAUAUUGUACGAUUUUAAGAGUUUGAGGGUAAACAAGUCUGAUACAUUCAAAACAUUGAUGAAAUUAAUGAAACAUUUAUAAAAUAUAUAAUUAUACUUUAUUUUUUUUACUUUUCUUUUUUUUUCUGUACAGUUUUUAAUGCUUUUGUACAUAUUUUUUGUUAGUUUUUUGAACAGUUUUUUGACCCCCCACAGAUUGACAUGCAUGAAUGCUCAUUCAGUGCAUAAGACAUAUGUCUUAGUCUUCUUAGCAUUCUAGUCUUAGCAUCUUAAAAAUGAGGAGGACACUGAAUAAUUCCUUGAAAUUUGAAAAAAUGCAAUUGAUGCUAACCAUGACCACUCACGUUUCCAACUUUAAUUUUUCUAAAAUGAAAAUUUGCUACUGGUAUUUUACUUGAAUGUUACGCUCUAUUGUUAAAUUACUCAAUGAAGUUGCCAUUACUUUUUUUACCCAAUAUUGUAGUUUUGCUAAAAUAACAGUUUCUACUGGUACAUAGAAAUAAUUAAAUUUGUUUAAAUUUUAUUACAAAUCCUAAUCAAUAUACAUAAGUUAAGUUUGUUCAGGCAAACAAAAUAAAUUCUAUAUUACAGGAUUUAUUCCUGUUAAUUUACCCACCCACAUGUACCCCUCUUGCAACACCCAUGCUCUUGACAAUGGAGACAAGUUUUCAGUUAAAGUUUAAUAAAUAUAACUUACGGUAAUUUUAUAUUAAAUCACAGGACCUCAACAGGAGGAACCCAGAACUAUUCCCCAACCCCAUCAUACUUGGCAUGCUACAGUGUGACUGGGAUACAUACAUUGAAAAUAAAAGAAAGGUAACUAUGUUCUUCGGCUACAUUAUAAUUUAUUUGUCCAGAACAUUUUCUAUUAAAAACUAGAAAUAACCGGCUAACAUUGGCGGCAGAAAUCCACUAAUUGCCCAUCUACUAAAGUUACUUGACAAAACAUGCAUUAUUUAAUUGUAUUUUUGUUGUACUGAUGAAGGCAUGUGCCUAAACAUAUAAUUUUGUAUUCUGUAAACUUAUUAUUAAAGUUUAACUUAUAUUGUUAUUUUGACACACAUUGUUGGUGUCUAAUUAAUCUAUUCAAGAAACACACUUUAUAGGAAUCCUAAUUAGUGCUAACUUCUGGGAGUUUUAUUUUGUGCACCUAUUGAAGGCAGCGUUACCGCCAUAUGUACAUACCCAGAGAAUUAUUAUGUGUGAUUAAUUUGUAUCAAUUGUCAUAAUAUGCAGUGAGUAUAUACACUUGCUUACAAAUUAUUUAUCUUAUUCAAAACCCAACUAUGAAAUGAAUUUUCCUAAUUAAAUUCAUUUUAAAUUAUAAAUCUUAAAUGAAAUAUUUUAUGUAAUUCUAAAAAUAACUAAAUUAGAGGCCAUGAAUGAUCAUGCAGAUCCAUGGCUCCACCAUUCGGUAGAGCUAUGGAUCUGCAACUCUGUGACAGCUGGGUAUGGGAGGCAGUCGCUUUAAAAGGUUUUUGGGGCACCUUGUUUUGGGAUACAAUCCUUUAUAUUGCAUGGAGGUGGAACUAAACAAAGCUCCACUGUGUAAUUUAACUUAUAUUGAUGCAGUUCCAUUGAUUCUGUGCAGAGGCCACCUAAUAUAUACUUAAUACCUUUUUUAAAUCCAUAAACAGUUUAUAAUUUGAGCUGCUUAAAUUAUAAACUGUUUAUGGAUUUAAAAAAGGUAUUAAGUAUAUAUUAGGUGGCCUCUGCACAGAAUCAAUGGAACUGCAUCAAUAUAAGUUAAAUUACACAGUGGAGCUUUGUUUUUGAUUUUUUUUUCUUUAAUUUGAGAAGGCCUAAAAUAUUUUCUUCAUGCAAAAUGAACAUAAAAUUUGAUUUUUUUAAUGUGAUAAAAUAUUUAAAAAAUGUGAUUUAAGUUAUUUUAAAUUCACAGGAAUUACGAGGUGAAGCAUGGGGCUUUAGCGAUAAAGCUAUUGCUUUUGUAAAUGGAGCAUUAAUAGGAGGCCCUGAUGAUUUCAUUAGCUGGGCAGAAGAUAACCACAACUAUGAAGAGUACAGACCAGAGCCUCUGUAUUUUACCCUCACAGAAGAAGCAUACAAAAAAAAGCUUAAUUCUCAAGGCCAUGAUCAUGUUUUUCUGGAUAUUGCAAUUAAUGAUGAAUUCAUUGGUGGCUUAGUAAUUGAGGUACAAUAUUAUUAAAUGAAGGAACCAACUUUAGCAGCCAAAACUUGUCAAACUCCAAACAUAAUAACCAGUAACAAAUUAUAUUGAUAAGAUUUAAAGUUUAACUACUUAUUUUUAUUAUUAACGGGUCUCUGAAAACAUAAUUUUUUGUGUCUUUUGACAUGUUAUUGGUUUAUAUGUAGCAAUAUAUAUUCAAUGAUUUUAAAAGAUAUCUUUGUAAUAAAUUUUAGGCUGUUAGAGUUCUGGUUGAUCUUUAAAUCUAUUUUGACCCAUCUUGACUUUUUCUUCGUAAGGCCUAAUAGAAUGUUUUCUAUGAACAGUUGUUUUCUGACAUUACACCCAAGACUUGUGCCAAUUUUUUACUGCUCUGCUCGGGUGAGAAAGGAGAAUCAAUAGAGACUGGAUACAGAUUGUGCUAUGAAAAUUCAAUUUUCCAUCGUAUAGUUAAAAAUGGAUGGAUACAAGGGGGAGGUUAGUUUGAUUGAAAUUAAUAGUGUUUAUUAAUAAAUUAUGAAGCCCUGAUAUGCAAAGCUAUUCAAAGAUAUUAUGUUUAACUCAUCAGAUUCUCUUAUUCCUUUAGUGAUUUCUUCUGAAUCAAACAUUAGAGUGUAUUCAACUAUAUUUUAUUUUCACUUUUGAAUUACAGAUCUCUACCAGGGAAGAGGAAAUGGUGGCGAGUCUGUUUUUGGUCCAGUUUUUGAAGGUAAAAGUGAUGUUUUGUAAAGUUUACAAUAUUUGAGGUGCAACUCAAGUAAUGCUCAAAACAAAUAAUAAGUGUUAUAAAUGACUUUUUAAAAAAAACAGAUUCUUUCUAAAAAUAUAGCUUUUAUUUGAAUUCCUAUAAUAAUAUUAUUAUUGUUAAAAUGAAUUUCACCAAUACUUAUGCUCUUGAGAUGGUUAAAACCAGCAAAUCAGAACUCAUCAAGAUAUAUUUAUUAUUGGUUUUUCUAAAAAAUCAUUAUUUGAGUCUUUGACCUAGUUAAUCCUGAGUUUACACUUUGUCUAGAAGACAAUUACUGUAUGUUUAAAGGUGCUAAAUAAGACCACUGUAAUAAUAAUAAUAAAUAAAAUUUAAUAGUUUAUAUUUAUUCAUUUAUAUAGAUGAGAAUUUUGUUAUCAAGCACAAUGAACGGGGCAUUGUUGGGAUGGCCAACAAGGGUAGACACACUAAUGGUUCUCAGUUCUACAUAACACUUCAGCCCUGUCCAUGGAUGGAUACUAAAUAUGUUGCUUUUGGGUAAUAUACAAUUUCUUUAAAGUAUGUGCUUAUUCCAAACAGCCACAUUUUUUAAACUGUGAGCUAAUGAGUCAACAUAUUUCAAUUAGAAAAUUUUUAAAAUAUAAAACUUGCAUAAGUAAGUAUACACAAAAACAUGAUUUCAUUUUAGCCUACUUUUGCACAAAUUUAUCAUUUCAGAAAAGUUAUUGAGGGAACUGAAGUUUUGAAAAAGAUGGAGGAACAAGACACCACUAAUGAGCGCCCAAAUGCAGAAAUAAAAAUAGUGAAGUGUGGAGUUAUUCAUUAUGAGUUUUGAUUGUCUAAAUGUUAGAAAUCAUUGUAAAUAUCACUUACUUCCACUAUAAUUAUUUAACCACACAAUGUUUCUGAAAAAUCUCUGCGAACAUUCAGAUUUUUAUGCUGUCAUCAUGAACCGUGACAAUGUUGUACCACAUGUGUUUUGUAAGCUUUAACCAUCUAAAAGAAAGUGAUAAAUUUUAACUAACCCAUUAAUUAAAAUGACUUAAUCUGUCAUAAUUUCUUUUACCCUCUCUUGUUUUUUUUUUUAUAGUACUUAUUUGCAUUUCAUAAACCAUUAAAAAAUUGUUUAAAUGAUAGGAUCUUGGAAAUCUCUCUUCUUCUUCUGUAUGCUUCUACUGGGGAGUCUUGGAGAAGUGCUAAUGGUGAUCGGUCACAAGUUCUGAACCUUUAGUGGACUUUUAGGGUGUCCUUUAGGGUGUCCUUAACACAGUCAUUCCACCCUUGGUGUGGUCUGCCUCUGAAAUCAGAAUGCCUGCUUUUGUAGGUUUUGCUUUGCAUUGUGACCAUGUUCAAACGAAUUUAUUUUCUGGUGGGCUGUAUACUGGGGUCAAAACCAUUUUUCUUAAUUCCUCGUUCAAAAUGUGGUCCCUACCCAUUUUACUAGCUGCUCGCCUUAAAAAUCUCUUACUUAAUUUUCAUAAAAUUAAUGAUUGAUUAUAAUGCUUACAUGUAAAAUUUAAAUUUUAUUGCUUAAAACACGAAGAACUAAUUUUUAAAAGUUUCUUGGGAGUCUCCUGAAAUUAUAUUAAUUGCAAAUGACUUGCAUACAAAUGUGAUAUAUAUUCUAAAAGCUAAAAAAAAUUUGUUGAAAACAUUUUUUUUGGCCUUAUUUUGUUACUCAUAAAUAUGAUGUCAAUCCCUCAAACACAUAAUUCAAAAAAAAAAAAAAAUUCAAUUUUGAGUUUUUAUCAAAGUAUUUUUAUAUAUAUUGAGGCCAUAGGCCAUAUUAUUUUGCACAUUUUUGCAUACAUAAAAUUUCAAUAGCAUAAAAAGAUUAAUUAUGACAUGAUAACUGUUGGCCUGCAAUGUUCUAAAUUCUUCAAAGCACUAAAGAAAUAUUCUUAGAUUACAUUAUUUAGAUUAUAUUAUUAUAGGUGCUAUCUUAUCUCAGUUUACUGAUCCUCUGCUUUUUAGGUAAAUGCCAAAAUUAGUGAAAUGUUUUCCUACAAUCUUUUCUCCCUUCAUUCUAACCUCAUGUAAUACUUCAGUGAAAAUUCAUACACAUGGAUUUAAAAUUGCUGAUAAUUAUAUUAUUAUAAAAAUGGCCAAAGUAUUGAAGUUUUAAACAUUCUUAAUUUGUUGAAAUGAAUAAAUGGCAGACUGGCUUUACAUUAUACAUAAAUUUAUCAUAAACAAAAAUAUAUUCUUAAAGGUGCAGGGUGAUCUAUGCCAAAAUAAAUAACAAAAUGUAUGUUAUGUUACAAGUUUAUGAUGUCAUUUUAAGGAUGAAAUUGUUCAUGAGAUGAGUUUACAAAAAUUUGUUAUCUUAUAAUAACUUAGUCUUAUAUAGUGAAGUAUCAAAGUCUAUGGCAUGAUUUUUUAAAUUUUCUUUUGCAUUCUUCCAAGAAUUGAAACAUAAGUCUAAAUAAGAAUUUUAAAAACUAAUUGUUAAUUUAUGUUUAUAAGCGAGUGCUAAUAAUAAUUAUUAAAAACCCGAUUGAAUGUUUAAAUGUAAGUGUGCAUAAUAAAGGGGUGUACAAGAAGUAUUAGUAUUUGGAUGCUUUUGUUAAAUAAAAUAUAUUCUUUAAACAGCACAAGUGCCUCUGUUAGAAAUAAUUAUUACUAUCUGCUGUGGUGAAUCAAGAAUGGAAAAGCUAUUUUAAUGAUGAUAUGAUAUGGUAGAAUCUGCAUUCAGUCAU